GUCAGAGUUUAAAAAUAUGUGGUUAUACACCCACACGUUUAUAGUGACCCAUUCUGUUGGUAUAAAACUGAUAGAAUGAUAAGCAGAUUGUUUUAGAUUGAAAACUGUAACUAGAGGCAUUUUGUAUCAAAUGUGAAGUACAGCUACUACUUGCCCUGAGAAAUCCUCUUUUUUUUGUGAAGUACUGCCAAAUCAGCUUCUGAUUUCCAGUGUGAUGAAUGCACUUUCAAAAAUUUUCAGCAUUUCCUGCACAUUUAAUUUCUUUCUAUUGAGUUCAGUUGUAUAUAAUUUCAUAGUUAAAUGAGCAGCAAUUAUUUUCAAGUUAUCUUCAUUUUUUUCUCUCCAAGCAAGAGUAAUUUCAACAGCUGUUGGAGCAGAUAACUACAAUUGUAUGGCAGAGAGACACCUAAUAUUGAAAAGUAGAACAGUGGAGACCAAUUCAUCAAGAAGGUGGUAGCUACACUGUGGGUAUGCAUGGGUUUGUAUAUUUCCCCACUUUGAAUAUACUAAAAUGAGGUGCUUUUUUUAUUUUGACCAUCUCCCUAUGUGCAUUGCAAAUUUUGAGGGAACGUGGUCAUAGAUGGGGAAAGCAAAAACAAAAAAUAAUCUUAGUAAUGCAGACCUUUUCCAUUGUCAUAGGCUGCUUGUAUGCAUGAGCUCUUUGAUAAAGGUUUUGGGAGUUUUGCCUUUUUUCUUUAUUUUUCUUUUUUUUUCUUUUUUUUUUUUUCAGCACCUGAUCAAAAUAGUCAUGUUUUCUUCUCAGUUGAGUGGUGUAAAAGACAAUGUUAAUAAAGCUGGAAACCAAGUAAUUUUUUCAAGACCUGGGUCACAGAUGAUAAUAUAGUCAGUUUUUUACUUUGUGAUGUCAUGUCUAAAGGCAAUCACUAGUCUCCACCAAGAUGUAGUACAGAAUUGAGGGAAGACAAUAUGAAAUUAAAAAAUUGUAUAACAUGUUUGUUCAUAUUAAGGAACUACAGCUGCUUACCAACCACAGUUAUAAUAAUUUAAGUUUUAUAUACCCUGUACCUUUCUUGAUUUUUAUUUUGUGCUUCAAGUUGUGUUUUCAAUUUUCUUUCCUUUUUCUAGCAGCAUGGAAAGAAAGGCAUUACCACAUAUGAGAGCUGCUUCACUUUCAAAUGGUCUUGAUGUCCGUGUGUACAGUAAAUCUGAUGGAUUUCUGCAAGUGCCAACCUAACAACAUGCACACAUGCAUUCCAUCCUUUGCUUUCCCUUCAGGAGAGUGGAAGAACAGACAGAAAGCUGGAAUUUGGAGUGUGUGUUGCUGCACAGUGAUUCAUGCAGCUUGCUUGGGGACAGCCUGUUUCCAUGUCUCACCUUCAGGAGAUGGCCUCUUCUAAGUCUUUGAUGAACCUCCUAACCUUCACUUUUGGCUCAGCAAUAGGAUUUUUCGUCUGCUACCUUCUGUUUAGCAUUGUACUAGAAGAACGGGUUAAGAUCCAACCUCAUGUUCUUCACAAUGAUCCACACGGUCAACACUUAGCAGAUACUGACAACAAUCAGCUGCAAGGACAAAUGAAUUUCAAUGCAGAUGCUGGACAGCAUAAAGAUGAGGAUAAAAAUAUUGCAGAAGGACUGUAUCAUAAGGUAAAAAUACUGUGUUGGGUAAUGACUGGACCUCAAAAUCUAGAAAAGAAAGCCAAGCAUGUUAAGGCCACUUGGGCCCAACGCUGUAAUAAAGUACUUUUUAUGAGCUCUGUGGAAAAUAAAGACUUUCCAGCUGUGGGCCUAGAAACCAAAGAAGGCAGGGACCAACUGUACUGGAAGACUAUUAAAGCUUUUCAAUAUGUAUAUGACAAUUAUUUUGAUGAUGCUGAUUGGUUUAUGAAAGCAGACGAUGACACAUAUGUUAUAUUGGACAAUUUGAGAUGGCUUCUUUCAAAAUACAGUCCUGAACAACCAAUAUACUUUGGAAGAAGGUUUAAGCCUUAUGUGAAGCAGGGCUACAUGAGUGGAGGAGCAGGGUAUGUUCUGAGCAAAGAAGCUCUGAAGAGAUUUGUUGCUGCAUUUAAAACGAACAAAUGCACUCACAGUUCCUCUAUUGAAGAUCUGGCACUAGGAAAAUGCAUGGAGAUCAUCAAUGUGGAAGCAGGAGAUUCCAGGGAUACAAGUGGUAGAGAAACCUUUCAUCCAUUCGUUCCAGAACAUCAUUUAAUCAGAGGAUACCUACCAAAAACAUUCUGGUACUGGAAUUACAAUUACUAUCCUGCUGUAGAGGGUCCUGGAUGCUGCUCUGAUCUAGCAGUUUCAUUCCACUAUGUUGACUCUGUGACAAUGUAUCAUUUGGAAUAUUUGAUUUAUCAUCUUCGCCCAUAUGGUUAUUUAUAUAGGUACAAUCCUGAUUUGUCAAAGAAUCCAGAAGAGCAGAGCAAAAAUGAAGCACUGGAGGAUAAUCAAAAGCUAAAGGAAAAAAUUUCUGAGAGCUAAUUAGACUUUGAAAAAACCAAAAAGAAGCCAGUACAAUGAGUAAGAGUCUCCUCAAACUUGUGCAUGAAGCUUGUGGACUGAAAUUACUCCUGGCGAUUCUUGUUUCAAAAAUCAAGUUGGCAGCACUUCUUGACACCCUGUGGACAGCAGAGUCUGGUGCUGGCUCUGACUGCUUGGGAUAGGGUGAUCUUGCAGCCCUGCUUACAAAGGUUUGGGGCCCUAAAGCUGUGAAAUUGGAGGUUGCUCUGGUAUAAUCUGGAAGAAUUUGUAUAAAAACCAUAGUGGACAGGUUCACAGAUGAUCGUACCGUAUUUCUGUUUCUUUUUCUGUUCUCCUCUAUUUCCUUUCCAUUAAGUCUGUUCUAAUGUUUGAAAUUGGAUGCUGCCCAAUCAAAUACUUCAUGAUGCCUUUCUGAAGUAUUUUCAACAUCUUGAAGUUACUUUGUGUACCUUGCCCUAAAAGUAAGGCAGAGACCUGGAAUUAGAGUCUCCAAUCUGCCUUGCCUUAACAACAUAGAGGCAGAGUUUCACCCCCAAGAUUUAUCUGUUUCAGAAACAGAGUUCACUGCUAUGAAUUACUUACAAAGUUUUAAAUUCUGUUGUGCAAAAUAAUAUGAAGUUCUUGGGGAGGAAUAUCUGUAGAGAAACCUGAAACAGUUACUGUUGUUUAAAUUGCUGAGGUGAUGCAAGCUGCUUAGAUAUUUGCCUGUGGCUUUUUUUUCCCCCCCUUUUGUUAACUUAUCCUUUUGGUUGAAUGGAUGUAAAAAUUCAUCUUAGAAUUUCUCAUCAUAAGGUAGAUGUUUUUGAAAAUGGGGGUCUGUCUUCCAUCCCACCUACCACAUAAAGCGGGAAGAAUAGUAUCUUAGUGAAGUUGCAUGGUAAUAACUUGGUUUCAGCCACUAUUCUAAUUAGUUGUUUCCAUUUUAGUUUUCACUAGAGAUUAAAAUUUUCAGAUACAGAAAUGUCCUAUUUUAAAACUGCACCAAAGCCAGUUGAUUUGGUUGAAGUACUUAUUUUCACUCUUCUGAACAUUUUUUUCUUCCACUUAAAAAAAAAAUAAUUCUGUAUCUGCUUCUUGUUAUCUUUUUCAGUACAAAGUGUUAAAUGAUCCUUUUUUCACUGUUUUUGAAGCUGGAGUACAUAGUUAUUCAGGUCAGUAAGCCUGAAUGCAGGAAUCUUUCAAAGUGCAUUAACUUUUUCCGCUACUUCAUAAGUGUCUCUGCCUUUUAACUGGAAACACUUUCUUGGUGUGGGACAAAAUAGGUGUUUUAAUUACUGGGUUUUUCUUCAGAGGCCAAAUGUAUGUUUUAUAGAAUUAAUAUAAAACAUUCUGGUUUUCUCCUUUUCAAAUUGAGUGAAUAGCAGUAUGGGGAAUGGGAAUUUAAGUGUGACAUAUAGUGUUUUUAUUCCACACUUGAACAAAAGCUUCUUCAUCUUUGUGUUAUUUUUCAUCUUCAUCAUAUUGAUGAAUUUGGACAUAACCUAAUUACCUCCAGUCAUUGUUUUGAAAAGGGCACAUAGUGGUAGCAGACAGCCUUAUUUACUAUUGCUGGUCCUUCAGGAUGUUCCUGGAAGAUGACGUUACCAUAAAGUACUGCAUUUUUUUUCCAAAGAUAGUUCUAGUGGAGAUUGGAGUUCUUUCUGUUGUCCAACAGUAAAGUCAUGAUUUUCUUUCUGACCAUUGCUUUGCAGCAUGAUAGUAAUUACUGAAACAGCUCAUGGUGUGGAAAUGCUGCAUAAAUCUCUGCCUGAAUAUAGUCUGAGUUCCUCUACCAAGUAUUGGUUAAAGAGUUCCUGCAGGGUUAAAUCUGUUGGUCUUUAUGAGCAGCACUGCUUCUGAAGUACUGAUAGGGACACGAGCUUUAUUUUACAUUAAUUAACUUAAGUGGAACAUUAUAACUGCAUUGGUUUAAGAAAUGAAAAAGUUUCCAGUUUGCUGUAGUCAGUGGGAUGCUUGUCCAGAGGACAGUGGAUGUUAACAUGCUGAAAGGUGCUUCCUUCUGUGAGCUAAAUGUUUAUCCCACAUGCAGCACAAACCAAUCGUAUUGUGAAAUCCAUAUGGAAUUGAUAACUCCAAUGGCAUUGUUCAAACAAGCUGUUAAAAUAUUCAGUAAUAUUUAAGGAAGUUAUAAAAUGAAGUCAAGAUCCCAACCUAAUCUCUUUGUAAAUUCAGCCCAUGUAGAUCUGUUGAACUACUGUAGAGUUCCUUUAUUUCUGCUUUCUUCAGUUCAUCCAUGGGGAUUUGAAGAUUUUCUACCGCAAUAGGCAGAACUAAUCCUGCAUAUUUUCUGCAGAUUUGUGUCAUAUGUUUGCCCUGUGCUGUCCUGUGAAGCAAAAUAAUUUCCUCUUCAUGUUCCUUACUGUCCUGACUAUCCUGUCUCUGGCUUUCCAGUUUCAUCCAGUUUAAGUCUCAGGUGGACAGGAGGAAGCAGGAUGUUUGAGCUCCACACAGGUUGUUUCCUGGGGUAACAAGGUAAACCAGACACUGCUGAGCUCAGGGUGAAGCCUUUUCUCAACAGCAGUUCUAGUUCUAGUCUGCUGCCCAGCUGAGGCCUGUGGGUUUAGCAGAGCAGGGCAGGAAUAUUCCUUUCCACAAAAUGUGCUGGACCUCAGAGAGACUGGAAAAGUAAAGGAGCAAGUCCCCUUUCUGAAGGCAGUAAGGCUAAGGACAUACUACCUUGUGAUAAAUGUGUGGCCUACAGAGAAAUAAGUAGCCUUUUCUUCAAAUGUCCAUUCUUUGUUUUAAAGUGUCCUUGUGCAUAGGCCUCUGAAUCGAUUUUUUUUUGCCUUUAGAACAGCACUGCAAGGAAUUUCUUUUCUUUCCAGACAAGCUAGAAAAGUAUCAGGUUUUACAUACUGUAAUUGUAACAGAGACCUGUAGUUCUCUGUUGAAUUGUACUGCCAUAACCAUGAGCUGAUGCCUCUGGAAUAAUUGGUUUCUAUCUCACUGCUUUCAGAAGCCUCAGUGGACAAGGUUGGAAUAUGAACAGUUAGUAUAAUUUUCAUGUACAAUAUUACACUAAUAUUAGUAAUCUGCUAUUUCACUCACAGGUCUUUGUGUGUUGAGAAAGUAUUGAGUUUGAGAAUUUUCUGCAGCCCAAGGCGACUGUAUUUCAGAUGGAGAGACUUCCUGAAACACAGCAACAUGGGCUUACUUACGCCAUGCAGAUUAUUGCUCUGUGGUUUGGUUUCUAAAAGAGGCUUCUUAAUUUUAUAAAGCCUAGAAGCUUUCAUUGGCACCAUAGCGAUUUAAAUUGCCCAUCUAAAAUUUUUGAACUAUUUUCUUGAAAUUAACAGGCAGUGGACGUGGGAACAUCCCCUAGUGUGAAAAAGUAACAUUUUAACCUUGUAUUAAACAGUUUCACUUCAGAAAGAUUGAGAAUGGCAAGAAGUUACUUUCUGAUCAUUGGUCUUAGUCAGAGGAGAGUAUUAGUGUUUGUUUGCAGAGGAGAAUGUUAAUCGUUUGCAGAUAAAGACCAGUUUUAAUCUUCUUUCACUCCCAAUUCAUUUUUGCAGUCUGUAUUUGUGUUAUUUAAGAGGCUGCAAGCUGGUGAUGUUUAUACCAUCUCUCAUUUUGUGGAAGCUCUUUUCACAGUACUUUUGCCUUUAAGGACACUUUCUUUGUUUUGCUUUGGUGGGAGUGUAUAUUAAAAAUCACUUUUACUUCAGCUGUUGCCAUUUGUUCUGUUAUGCUUGCAGAAGUAUAAAUUUCAGUGAGUAGCUGAUAGACCUCUUAGAAAUGCUUUGUUAUCUGAGCACGGUGUUUUGUCUUUGUAUGACAGAAAAGUGUGGGUUAUUUCUCUGCUGUACCUGCUACUGAUGCUGAUAGUGCACGCACAGAUAAAAAAUAGACUCCUCAAUACAGGACCACUGGGAAAGGCAGUUUUGUCUUUUUCUGUCAAGAAAUCUUCUGUGGAACUCCAGAAGUGUAAUUUGCUUUAUUUUACUAUAUUGUAUUUAAAAUGCUCCACAAAUGUUAUUAAUAGUCUAAAAGAAUUGACUAUUGCUGCUGGACAGUAUGCUCCACUUAAAACCUGUGAAUGUUUCACUUUGCAAUUAUAGGUAAUUGUGUUCCUAAUGGCAGAUAAAAGUUGAUGAUUUGUCUGGAAUGGUCACCAUAAGGAUUUGUUUCUUAAAUACCUUCUUUGAAGUGCCUUUGAUAAAUUUUUAGCAUCAAAAUUAGGUUGAGAAUUGAAUAAAUAAG